ACGAAUUGAGUUUGAACUUGAGAGUAGUGGAGUGAACAUAACGGCUAAACCAACCGAUCAUUCGAACGUUUGUAAAUGCACCACAUUCAGUCAGUCCGCCAACGAGUUCAACGAGUGACGGGUUGAGUGUUCGGACACUUCGACGGAGAAAAAUCGAUCGAUUAUUUUUUUCUUUCUGCCACUUGGCCAAAACGAAGUGUGUGCGUUUGUGGUGUGUUGCGUUUAAUUGAAAUUUUGGAUUUGCGGUCGUGUAAAUACAUUUGUGUAAAUAUAUUAGGAGAAGCAACAAAACAAACUUGUAAAUAUGAAAAUUGUUAUAAAUAAAAAAUUCGCCAUAUGGGCGACCCUUGCCGCCCUCGUGGUAUUGGCAUUGGUUUUGGGUCUGGUAUUUGGCCUAAAGGGAAGCAAUGAUACACUUAUCGUCGGAGCCGUGGUUUCCAAUGGCAGAGGAUGUGCCGAAAUUGGAAGUCAAAUGCUAACUGAUGGCGGCACCGCCGUUGAUGCAGCCAUUGCCACCUUGUUGUGUGAAGGUGUCAUCUUGACUCACAGCAUGGGCAUUGGUGGUGGUUUUGUUGCAACGAUUUACAAGAAAUCUACACGUAAAAUGGAAACACUUAUUGCCCGUGAAUCGGCACCGGCUGCAGCCACUAAAGAUAUGUUUGUUGGACAAUCCUCGGUAACAGGUGCCUUGGCUGGUGCGGUGCCAGGUGAAAUUCUUGGCUAUUGGGAAAUGCAUAAACGUUAUGGUCGCCUGCCAUGGAAUGUUCUCUUUCAGCCCACCAUUAAACUGUGUCGCGAAGGUCAUUGGGUCUCGAAGUACUUGGCAGCUGCUUUGGCAUCCAAAGAACAACAAAUACGCAACGAACCUUCUAUGGCGGAAAUUUUCGUUAAAGAAGACGGCACCCUAUACAAGGAAGGUGAUUACCUUAAACGUUUGGCCUUGGGCGAUACAUUGGAGAGAAUCGCUAAGAAUGGUGCUGGUGAAUUGUAUGAUGAUGGCGAAACUGCAAGAAUGUUUGUUGAGGACAUACAGGCAAUGGGUGGCAUUAUCACCUUGGACGAUUUAAGGAAUUACAAGGUCAAAUGGGAGGACACCCACCAUGUGGUGGCCAAUGUGACAGGUGGCUAUAAACUAUAUACCACACCCCUGCCGUCCAGCGGUGCCUUGUUGGCAUUCAUUUUGAAUGUCAUGAGUGAUUUGUAUACCGAAGAUCGUCCCGUUUACUGGCAACGUGUCAUUGAAACCUACAAACAUGCCUAUGGCCAUCGCAGCAACUUGGGUGACAUGGACAAUGAUCCGGAAAUGCAUGACAUUAUCAGUGAGACUUUUGAGAAAAUGAUUAGUCAAGAUUUUGCCGAUGAGAUACGUCAACUGAUAUUCGAUGACAAGACCUUUAAUGAUACUUCGUAUUAUGGUGCCAAUUUCACGGUGGAAGAGGAUCAUGGUACUGCCAAUAUGGCUGUAUUGGCGGCAAAUGGUGAUGCCAUUACCGUCACCAGUACGGUGAAUAAUUAUUUUGGUUCCAAAGUACGUUCAACACGUACUGGUAUUAUUUUGAACGAUGAAAUGGAUGAUUUCUCGACGCCUGGUCUCAUUAAUUCCUUUGGUGUCCCUGCAUCCCCAGCCAAUUACAUUAAGCCCGGCAAGCGGCCAAUGUCUUCCAUGUGCCCCGCAAUUAUUCUCGAUCAUGAUGGAAAUGUAAGACUUUUGGUGGGGGCAGCAGGUGGCACCAAAAUCACAACUUCGGUGGCACAAACAAUUAUGAAAUAUUUAAUAUUCAACGAAACCCUGAAUGAGGCAGUUAACGAUGGCCGUUUACACCAUCAAUUGGCUCCCAUGAGAAUUGACGCCGAAUCUGAAGUACCCGUUGAGAUUCGUAAUUAUCUAAACAAGGUGGGCCAUUCCAUGCAAGUUUCUCCAGAAGGCAGUGGUUUUGCUGCCUUGACAGCAAUUGGUGUGCGCACCGGAGUACCUGAACCCUAUUUCGAUCGUCGUCGUGUUGGCAGCACAGCCACCAUACAGGCUAAGAAUAAAAUGCAACAUUGAGGGGCAUGAAUCCCCCCCAAACCACAACGCCGUUUUAAGUAGUAUGGCCAGUCCAAACAAAUAUGGUAUUAAAUUGUUGGUAUUUAAUUUACUAUGAACGUGUAUUUGUAUAUUAAUAUAAAUACAUAGCUAUAUAUUUUCUCUGUAAAUAUAUUAUAUAUAGGAGAUAUAAUUGUCUGCAUGUAAUUCAUUGAUAUGUUUUGUAAUUUUUGUAUCAAUAAUUGGUUGUGAUUAUUUGUGUGCUGUUCUUAGGCACACCACAUGAGUCAGGGAUUAGUAGUAAAUUUUAAGAAUUAUUUCUAGAAUAUUUAUGUGAAUAUUUUUUUGUUUGUUCUUCUUACUAUAACUGAUUUUAUAUUUUUUAAAAAAACCACAAAACAAAGCACUUUUAUGUACGUGUUGAAUACUGAAUUUAAUUAAUAAACUAUAGUUAAGAAAAUAAACUUAUUUUGAAAUAUUCAAUAA